AAACUCUUUUCUGCAUCCCUAUAACAUACGCGCAGCGUGGCUGAAUAGAAAUUUUGCGGAUUUUUCCUUUGCAAAUAUUUGCCACCCAAAAUAACGAUGUCCGCCCUCAAUCUAACCGUACGCGUGCACCCAGUGGUGCUCUUCCAGGUGGUAGACGCCUUCGAGCGCAGGAACGCGGACUCACAUCGCGUUAUCGGUACACUGCUUGGCUCUGUCGACAAGGGAGUGGUGGAGGUGACCAACUGCUUCUGUGUGCCGCACAAGGAACAUGACGACCAGGUGGAGGCGGAACUGAGCUAUGCUCUGGACAUGUACGACCUCAACCGCAAGGUGAACUCCAACGAGAGCGUGGUGGGCUGGUGGGCUACCGGAAACGACGUUACCAACCACAGCUCGGUAAUCCAUGAGUACUACGCCCGCGAAUGUAACAACCCGGUGCAUCUUACCGUGGAUACUUCGCUUCAGGGUGGCCGAAUGGGCCUGCGCGCUUACGUCUGCAUCCAGCUGGGAGUGCCUGGAGGUAAGACCGGCUGCAUGUUCACACCCAUUCCCGUAGAGCUGACUAGCUACGAGCCGGAGACGUUCGGGCUCAAGUUGCUCCAAAAGACCGUGGGCGUAUCGCCAGCCCACCGGCCCAAGACCGUGCCGCCCAUGUUGGACCUGGCCCAGAUCUCGGAGGCUUCCACAAAGCUCCAGUCCCUGCUGGACCUGAUCCUCAAGUACGUCGACGAUGUUAUCGCCCACAAGGUGACGCCGGACAACGCCGUCGGUCGCCAGCUGCUCGACCUUAUCCACUCCGUGCCGCACAUGACACACGAACAGUUCACCCAGAUGUUCAAUGCCAAUGUACGCAACCUCCUGCUGGUCAUCACGCUUUCCCAGCUUAUCAAAACCCAGCUGCAGCUUAACGAGAAACUUACCUUCCUGCCCACCGCCUAGAGGAGUGGAUGCAGUAGUUGUGGGGAUAUCUACUAACGGCAAAAUUGUAAAUGCAGAUUGUAUUGGAUUGUGUUUUCUAUCAACGGGUCUGGGUAAUAAAGUACUCUGAUCUAACAAAACAAAA